UUUUGAACAGAACUUGGGUGAAAUUUUCUACGAAAACUUAAAGGCAAUUCGAGAUACUGAAAUGAUAGCAAUGAUCGAUAAAAUUAACAACGAAAGAAUUUCCUACAGAGAAUUAUUCGUCGCGAGUUUGAAAACUGCUCGUAAGUUAAAAGAUUUGGGUAUAAAGGAAGGAGACGUCAUCGGAAUCGUGAGUGACAACCGAUUGGAGUAUUUUGUACCAGUCUUGGCGUGCUUUUAUCUGCGCGCCAUCAUUCAUCCGACUAAUUCUAGCUAUCAUAUAUCUGAAUUGAAGCAGGCUUAUAGCAAUAGCAAACCUAAAAUUAUCUUCACUUCGAACGAUAAAAUGGAAAAAGUCGCGCAACUGCAAAACGAAACGGAUUACAUAAAGGAGAUAAUAAAUUUUGAUAAUAACUAUUUGGAUAUUGUAAAAGGGGGCGCAAUUUUGGAAUCCAUUGAAAAGUCUUCGGAUUGCGAUAAGAAGACAGCAGCAAUUGUGUCUUCUUCUGGUACAACGGGACAUCCAAAAUCCGUGGUCCUAACACAAGGAAAUUUGAAAUUCAUAAUGCGCAAUUCCAAGUAUCUAAUUCUUUCGUAUUCGUCUGAAAGUACUGGAAUAGGAAUAUUGCCAUUCUAUCACAUCUUUGGAUUAAUGCAAACAAUGACAAUUUUGAAUUGUAGAGCUAAGACCGUAAUUCUUUCCAAAUUUGAACCUGUUUCAUUUUGUGAGAUUAUAGAAAAAUAUAAUGUGCACUUAUUGUUAAUUGUUCCAACAAUUGCCGACUUUCUUGCCAAACACCCGAUCGUCGAUAAAUAUAAUUUUAAGUCUGUGAACGACAUAGUUUGCGCUGGUGCUGCGCUUGGUUACGAAAUUCAAACUAUUUUGGAGAAAAAAUUUAACUGCGCGGUGCGACAAGUGUAUGGAAUGACCGAGACCGGCGUUGCAACGGUCUGCGUUCUAGGGAAAAAAUGCAAACUAGGAAGCUGCGGUACGCCUGUGCCAGGUGUAGAAAUCGAAGUGAUUGACGCUCAAACGAAAAAUACUCUAGGUCCAAAUGAGCCAGGCGAAAUUUGUGUGAAAAGCGUUCAGGUUAUGAAAGAGUAUUUGGGAAAUCCCGAAGCCACUCGAGCCACCAUCGACGAACGGGGUUUCUUGCAUACCGGCGAUAUCGGUUAUUUCGAUGAAGAUGGUGAUUUCUUUAUCGUAGACAGAUUGAAGGACUUGAUCAAAUACAAAAGCUUUCAGGUUCCUCCGGCAGAAUUGGAGGAUGUUCUCAAGUCUCACAGCGAGAUCACAGAUGCCGGAGUUAUUGGGGUACCAGAUGAAAGGGCCGGUGAACUACCAAUGGCUUUUGUCGUCAAAGUGAAAAACUCUAAGCUAUCUGAGCAAAAUGUUAUAGAUUAUGUUGCAGAACGAAUCUCAGUACAUAAGCAAUUGCACGGUGGUGUGAGGUUCGUCGACGACCUACCAAAAAAUUCUACUGGUAAAUUGCUUAGGAAGAAACUUCGAGAAAUGUUAUAAUAAAUAAAUGUUGCAUUUCUAAGAUUCUUUUUUUUUUUAAUUACUAACAAUUUUUGGUUUAUUAAAGAAGAUAUUGAUAUGUAAUGUAUUCUGGUGCAGAGUGAAAAUAUUUAAGAAAAUUUGUCAAACAAUUAAUUAUAGGUCUAUGGAUA